AUGGCUCUGAUGCCUUGGCAAGUUUCCGUCUUCAUUGCCGAGGUUAUUGUCACGGUGCCGUUUUAUGCGUCGCUCGUUGUUCUUAUCCUGAUUUGGAGGCGACAUUAUCCCGUUUUUCGGUCACCUUACUACACAAUGACCUUGGCACAGGUAGAAGUUUUUUUUUCAAAAAAUUGUUAGAAGGAUCCUUAACUUUUGGUCCUUUUUUGGCGACUUGAAAGGUGGAACUUCUUUGUGACCCUCUCAUAUUCAUGUGCUAUUUUUAUUUCCUGCCGGUGAGGGAACAGAGAGACGCAGACAUGUCAAGUCGUGCCGGACGAACUAUAUCAAGAAAAAGUUCUUAUAAGAUCUUCAAGUUAUAGUCCGUCUCCCGGGAUUUUUCACUUGUGUCUGCGUCUCUCUGUUCCCUCACCGGUGAGGUCAGAGAAACGUGAAAAGAGCAUGUCAAAAUGAGAGACAAGGAGGGAGCAGAGAAGUUCCAAUUUUUUAAGUCAGACUUUUCCCAACCAUUUCAAAUUCAGGCCUUACCGGACUUUCUCAUAUCCGCUACAUUCACGCUCAUAUACCUGGCCAGAUAUUUCCAAAUCGGGAACCAAUUUUUGUUCAGUCUUCAAGAUUACUACUUCCCGAGCUGGGUCAAGAACCAAUCCACUAUUUUGACUAUUAUGAAAGCUUUUGGAGUGGCUGUGAUCUCUUAUCAGCGUUAUCUAACACUUUGCAAGCCUCAUAGUUGGCUCAACAAGGUAUGGACUUGUUUUCGUGAGAAAGUUCUCACGGAUGUGAUUCAUUUUGAAUUGAAGACGCGUGAACAUUGAAAUGUGGGUAUGAGCUUUGGGGAUAUUUUUUUGAGCUUUACCCGAUUGAGCAAUUUCGCGGAGUGUCAAAGACUUCGAUUACCUGUAAAAGUUGGGAAAUUCUGUGAUUACAGAUGUUCAAAAAGAGUCCGCCCUGGUGUCUACUUUUGCUUCUUUGGGGCGUUCCUGUUCUAAUUUGUACCCCUGUGUGGAUGGACCAUAGUACGAGGUUUCUGGAUCCGGUCACUUUAGCUGUCACCAACCCUCCUGCAUCGACACAGGUAUUUUUGUUUCCGUUUUCGAAAAUUUACAGGUCUAUCCGAACAGCCUGUAGAUAAAUGCAGCUAUUAGGAAAGUUAUAAAAUCGCUUGGAUUGGCUCAAAAUUUUCCAUUAAAUGGGCUUCUUAGUGGUAAUUCUAACUUCGCCUAACUUUACAUUCCUCAUUAUUUAGUAUACUGCUUCGCGCAAGUAGCUUACAGUCGGGCGCGCGGAAAAAUCAACUUUCAUGUAAAUUUUCCACGGUUGUGGUUGUGUUGAGCUCCUACUUUCUUUUUCUUUCAGAUUCCCGCAGUGAUCCUCAUGUGCAGUCUGGUGCCGACAUUCUUAAGCGUCGUAUAUUUCUACGGAAGAAUUUUGCAAUUUUUAUUAUCUCACAAAGAUCUUCUCAGAAAGUUACUUCAAAAAUGAAUGAAAAAGUAAGAAGUUAUAUUCUCAGAGACGGCGACAAAAGGAUGAGAAGAGAGAUUCGCCUCAGCCUCCAUGUUUUCAUCCUCGUUUGCUACUUUGGGCUCAUUUUCAGUUAUGUCGUCGCUCGGGCGAUCUUUGAAUCUCUGGGAAGGGUAAUCAUUCGGAAAUCAUUGUGAAGAGAUAGAAUAAGUGAAUUCCAGGAAGACCUCUGGGCAACCUAUUUGCGGGCCAAUUGGGCGCUUCUUCAAGGGAACUUCGCUUUUAUUAACCCUUGGACCCUGGUCGUGCUCAACUUUGAUGUUCAGCGACAUUUGAAGCAUUCCAGAAGUGCUUCUGCAGUUGUAAGAAGUAUAUGAAAACCACGCCGCGAAAAUCGAGCCUCCAUUUCUACAUAAUUUCUUUUUUUUCUGUUCUUCUCGCGCUGUAGAAAUGGUGGCUCGAUUUUCGCGAUUAUCAUAUACCCAUUGUAAGUGCCAACUCAGAAGAAAAAUACCCGAAAUUGGAAAAAAUUCUAAAUAGCUCUAUCAACUCUCUGCAACCGUGUCACUCGCAAUGGCGUAAAACUCUUUGAUAACGUUCCUUGGCCCCUAACGCAAGUCGUAUCAAGUCGGGCGCGAUUCAAAACAGCCAUGUUAUUUCAAAAGCUACCCUGAACUGUUGACUUCAUAUUGAACGUCUCAAUUCUGGAAAAAAAAGCUUAAAUUUUCAGGAAUCCACCAGCCGACCGGGAGUACAAACAGUGGCGGCCAGAGCUACACAAACUAGAAAUUGA